GGCCCCCCUCUCCCCCGCCCCUUCCCACGCUUCGGCCCGUCGCCCCCGGCGCGCGCGCGCAUACACACGCGAGCCCAGGCAGCAUGCAAAUGAGCCGGCUCCAGUACCCAGACUCAAGCUCCCCACUGCUCAAUGGACAACCCCAGCUCAGACCCGGUGCCUUCAACUUUGUCUGGGGAGGAAGAAAAACCUCUGGCCUUACUUCCUCCUGUUCCCCGGGGCCGCCGAGGCCGGCCACCAGGGGGAGCCACCACCUCCAAUCGGACUCUCAAGUCCUCCCUCCCUCGAAAGCGGGGCCGCCCCCCCAAAUCAGUGCAGGAAGCCCCGUUGGCAGCACCAGUGGACGGCGGUGGCAGCAACGAUCUUCUGUUGAUCGAUGAUCAGGGUGUUCCUUACACAGUUCCGGAAGGAUCAGCAGCAGAUGGGCCCCAGGGCUCUGGCUCCAAGAGGGCUCCACACUUCUGUCCAGUGUGCCUGAGAGCCUUCCCCUACCUCUCCGACCUGGAGCGCCACAGCAUCUCGCACUCAGAGUUGAAGCCACAUGUGUGCAAAGAUUGCGGCAAGACCUUCAAGCGGUCCAGCCACUUGCGGCGUCAUUGCAACAUCCAUGCCGGCCAUCGGCCCUUCCGUUGUGUGCUCUGCCCUCGUCGCUUCCGCGAGGCUGGGGAGCUCGCACAUCACCACCGCAUCCACUCUGGCGAGCGUCCAUAUCAGUGUCCCUCGUGCAGGGUGCGCUUCACCGAAGCCAAUACUCUUCGGCGCCAUUACAAACGCAAACACCCAGAGCUUGUGGGGAUGCCCGUGCGCCUGUGCCCCCCAAACCCAAGACCCCAACCGCUGUGGGAUGAUGAUGAGGGUGUGCCUGUUCCAGAAAGGGUGCAGGAAGAGAGCCCUGAAGGAAAGACGCCUGCUUGGCCUGUAUCCUCCACCACUUCUCCCCUGUCUGGGUUUACAGCAGGGAGUUCAGCUGGUGCUGGGCAAGGAGGCCAAGACACCCUUAUUUCUAGUGGUAUUCCCGUCACGGAAGGGGGUCGAGAGCCGGGACCUAAACCGCUGGGUCCAGAUGCCAUCUAGCACCUUCCUUUGGACUGACAGGCUCUGGGAGGCAUGGGCUGUGGAAAUAAA